GUCCAAGCGUCGUGUACAUUAACGGCGUCAGACGUAUUGUUUAUCUGUUUGUCCCAUUGUAGAUGUCGGCGUUUCUAGGCGUCCUCGCGGCGGCCGCCUUCCGUCCUAGUUCCCCGCCGGCGUGAGCCUCCUACAGUUCCUCCUCUUGUGGGGGAGAACGGUGGACUCUUCUCUCUGACACGCCGCUAUCUGUUUCCCUUCCUCUAGGAUCCAAGAACAGCGAUCCCAACCCCUUAACCCCCUUCUUUCUCUUUCCUCUCUUUCCCCGAUCCCUUUUUAUCUUUGCUCUCUUCCAGCCAUCCCACAGAUGGAGGUCGCGGCGCGACCGAACCCCGAUGGUGCCAUGGCAUGUCAUCUAGGGUCUUGUGCUGGUUUAUUCAUGAAAGCACAGUAGACAUUGGCUCAUGUACCGGAUAAGUGAAUGACAUCAUCCUAAAUAGAAUUUCUCUUGCAGCUGCCGGAUUCUUGCCAAUUGGAAGACCUUUUGAUAGUUCAUCCACAAUCAUAAAUUCUACAUCAGCCUUUGGUGAACAAAUUUCCAAGACGCUACUUGUACUGCUAUUUUAUGAACUAAGAGCAAUUCAUGCAUAAAAAUCGCUUACAAGAAUAUGCUCAAAGGUCAUCCAUACCUUUGCCAAUAUAUCAAACUGUUAAUGAAGGGCAUCCACAUGCACCGCAAUUCAGAUCUACUGUUCUGAUAGAUGGAGUGACAUUCAUAUCGUCUCGUACAUUUCCUCAUCGAAAAGAAGCAGAGCAAGAUGUGGCAAAACUGGCUCUUGAAGGCAUAUCUAGGAAGAUAAAGGAUGAAGGAAUUCCCCUAAUUCAUGCAGAUACUACAUUCUGCAAGUCUAUCCUUCACGAGUAUGCAGUGAAGAUGAGUGUAGAGAAGCCUACAUAUACAACAUCUCAAUUAAAAAGGGUGCUGCUUCCUUCUUUUAUAUCAUCUUUGGUUUUUGAUGGAAAAACUUACACAGGUGCUGCAGGAAGAAGCAAGAAGGAAGCAGAACAGAUUGCUGCACGUGCUGUUAUUCAGUCCAUCUUAGCUUACUCUGAUACAAGGACUAUUAUGUCUCAAAUUGUAAAAUCCAAGGGUAAAUUGUAUGCUGCAAUACAAAAGAACAGUGACUCAUAUUUAUUGCCUCUGGGACAUGUGGCCUCAGGACAGCAGGCAAGGAAUGACUCUAACAGCAGUGCUGUGAAAGGAAAAGAAAUUCAGGCUACCUCAGCAAAUGAUGACUUAGCCGGUGUUGCAAAUCAGAAGCAAUUGCUCUUGGGGCAUCUUCCUGCUGCUGCAGAGACAAAAUCACUUCUUGAAGCUAAGAAACCUAAAGAAGAAUAUCCAUGUGAACAAAGUUUUGGGCCAAUUGGAAACAACACAUCACCACCAGUUCUUGCACAAGGCGGUCUGCCUUCGGGAUUAAAGAGUAGGUUGUUCGAGUCAUCUGAUGCAUCUUAUCAAGCUGAACAAAACCAAGUGAAUGAUCUGGCUGGGCCAUCUAUGCAAUCCUAUGAUGCUCAAUAUGGGGUUCCUCGUAGCCAGAGAAAGCGCUCGAGGAAGAAGCAGAAGGGGGGACAUCAACACAAGAAAGCACGGACUGAACUGCUGUCAUCAACUCCACCCGUGUAGUGCUGAGUGUGUGUUGCAAAGUGAUGACAAUGAGUGCUGCUUCUUCGAUAGAAAACGAAAAGGAUGACAAUGAGUUCUGGUUUUCACAUACUGAACGGAGUGGUCAGAUGUACGCUAACAAUUCUCUCUGGUGGGGGUGGCCUAGUGGAAAUACUUUUCUGGUUGGCUUAUGUAAGUUUGUUUCUUAACCCCUGACAGUAUAACCUGAUACCGGUUGAGAUGUUACAGUGCUGUUUGAUUUGGUGACACCUAUCAUAUUUGGAGCCAACUGCUUUCCUUGGUCUUUGGUUCGUUGUGUCUCUAUGUAGAAAAAUAAAACUAGACCAGCGCAUUUGUUGAUGUGA